AUGACCCACCCUCAAAUCGGGACUUCCGAGGCUCGAGUCGGGACUCGGAUUCAACACGUCAACUUUGAGUUCACUCACCCGCUCCUUGGCAGCACAACUUUGAGCAAGGGUUGGACGAAGAAGGUUCGGGCUAGGAUUCCUGUCAUUGUGGAGAAGGCUCCACGGAGUGACAUACCAGAGAUCGACAAGAAAAAGUACCUCGUCCCAGCAGAGCUUGCCGUUGGCCAGUUCGUCUUCAUUAUUCGAAAGAGGAUAAAGCUUCAUCCAGAGAAGGCAAUCUUUGUUUUCGUAAACUCUGUGCUACCGCCUACUGCCUCGCUGAUGUCAGCUAUUUACGAAGAGCACAAAGACCCUGAUGGGUUCCUGUAUAUGACGUAUAGUGGAGAGACUACUUUUGGGCGAGUUGGGCUAUGA